CCAGCGCCCGCCUGGCGGCCGAGGGGCGGGGCCUCCGCGGGCUGUGGAUGCGAGCGGGCGGCAGAGGCGGCGGCGGCGGCGGCGGCGGCUGGGAGUGGACCGAGGCGCCGGGGAAGGAAAGCGUUGGACACUUUUUCACCAUGUUGACGGCAUUUUAAAUAUAUUCGUCAGUUUUCCCAAAUCUUAACUGAAGAAAACUUUAAGAGUUUCUACUUGAGGACUGAAGUGUGACUGCCAAUUAUCAGGCUUCAGGAUGAAUCUGGAAAAACUCAGCAAGCCUGAACUCCUAACGCUGUUCAGUAUUCUUGAAGGAGAGCUAGAAGCCAGGGACCUCGUUAUAGAAGCUUUAAAGGCACAGCACAGAGACACUUUCAUUGAAGAACGCUAUGGAAAAUACAACAUCAGCGACCCUCUAAUGGCUCUGCAGAGAGACUUUGAGGCGCUGAAGGAGAAAAAUGAUGGCGAAAAGCAGCCGGUCUGCACCAACCCCCUGUCCAUUCUCAAGGUGGUGAUGAAGCAGUGUAAGAACAUGCAGGAGCGGAUGCUGUCCCAGCUGGCCGCCGCCGAGAGCAGGCACCGCAAGGUGAUCCUAGACCUGGAGGAGGAGAGGCAGAGGCACGCCCAGGACACCGCCGAGGGCGACGACGUCACCUACAUGCUGGAGAAGGAGCGGGAGAGGCUGACCCAGCAGCUGGAAUUUGAAAAGUCGCAGGUGAAGAAGCUGGAGAAGGAGCAGAAGAAGCUGUCGGGGCAGCUGGAGGAGGAGCGCGCCCGCCACAAGCAGCUCUCGUCCCUGCUGGUGCUCGAGUGCAAGAAGGCCAGCAGCAAGGCGGCGGAGGAGGGCCAGCGGGCCGGGGAGCUGGGCCUGCAGCUGGAGAGGGAGAAGGGCCGGGCGGGCGCCCUGGAGGAGGCGCUGGCGGCCGAGCGCAGGCGCGGCCUGCAGACGGAGGCCCGGGUGGAGAAGCAGCUGUCCGAGUUCGACACCGAAAGGGAGCAGCUGAGGGCCAAGCUGAGCCGGGAAGAGAACCGGACCAAAACCCUGAAAGAAGAGCUGGAGAGUCUGAAGAAGAUCGUGAGGGACCUGGAAGCUUCCCGCCAGCCCAGCAGCUCUAAUGAGCCAUCCCGGAAGCCAGGGGCCACGUCUCAGGGCACGGCGACCGAGCCUCCGGGGCUGGUGUCUGUGUCCUGCCAAACGGAGGGCUUUCAGGCGGAGAGAACCCCCGGCAGCGGCGUGGCCAAGGCGGCAGCCACCGGGCUGCCCGGCCCCACCACGCCCAGUUACUGCUUCGCGAGAGCCAACGGCCACUUUGAGCCAGAGACGCCCGCGGCCAAGGAGUCCACCCCGGGCAGCAGCGUGGAAAGCCAGCCGCCUCCCCGGGAGAAGGCCGUGGAGAACGGGGGGUGCGCCGGGGCCGUGGAGGGCCCGGGCCCCGCGCCGGGCCAGCUGCCGUCCGGCAGCAGCUCGCUGUCCCCCAGCAGCACCGCGUCCUCCUCCCUCACGUCCUCGCCGUGCUCCUCCCCGGUGCUCACCAAGCGCCUGCUGGGGCCCUCGGCCAGCAGCCCCGGCUACCAGUCCUCCUACCAAGUGGGCGUCAACCAGCGCUUCCACGCGGCUCGGCACAAAUUCCAGUCCCAGGCCGACCAGGACCAGCAAGCCAGCGGGCUGCAAAGCCCCCCGUCCCGGGACCUGUCCCCCACCCUCCUGGACAACUCGGCUGCCAAGCAGCUGGCCCGGAACACCGUCACGCAGGUGCUGUCCAGAUUCACCAGCCAGCAGGGCCCCAUCAAGCCCGUCUCGCCCAACAGCUCUCCCUUCGGCACAGACUACCGCAACCUGGCCAGCACCGCCAACCCGAGGGGCGACACCGGCCACUCCCCCACUCCGGGCAAAGUGUCCAGUCCUCUGAGCCCCCUGUCUCCGGGGAUCAAGUCCCCCACCAUCCCCAGAGCUGAGAGAGGGAACCCUCCACCCAUCCCACCCAAAAAGCCUGGCCUCACGCCUUCUCCCUCCGCUGCCGCCCCCCUGACCAAAACUCACUCCCAGGCAUCCUCUGGGGCCACCGCCGAGGACCUGGCCAGCUCUGCCAUGGCCAACGGCAAGGACACCGAGAUCCUCCUGCCUCCCAGCAGCUAGUCCCUGAGGGGUCUGCACAGCUGACAUUCCAUCGGAUCUUGUCCAAGAGCUCGGAGUCAGAUCAUGUUAUUUAUUUUGAUAGUAGCGGAAACCAUCUGUAUAAUACAUUGAGUGUAUUUCACAUUUUUGUAUUUUUUUUUAAGUAGACGUGAGGAGUUUGGGUUUUUAUGACUCACCUCUUUGUGCUCUAACGCUAGAAGGGCGCCUCAAAGACAUCCCAAGCGCAGCAGUCACCGUGGUGUGGUGAUGGAGGGAGGGGAGUGAGGAGCAGGUGGUGACUUGCUGUCUAUUUUAGGACUAGAAUCACUCGACACACAUUUUGAAUUAUGCAGGAGUGGUUCAUGCAGAUUUUUAUCCCAGAUGAACAUGUUUUAAAAGUGCCUGAAAUAAGACUGCCACGUGAGUGUGAUUCUGCAGCAAAAACACGAAACGGCUCGUUUUAAUGGCAGAAAAUUAGAUCCUCUGUGAAUCCUGAAUGUUAAACACAAGCACUGCUUUUAACCCUCUUUUACUGUUUUUGAUACUACAAGCUGCGUAAGUGGAGUGGGGAUCCGAAGGUGGAUGUGAACUCGCCACCAGCCUAAGCUUCUCAGACCCUGCGACGCCCUCCUGAGCACUAAGGAGUCGAGGUGCUGAUUUCCUGCACUCUUUCUUGAAGAGGACAAUUCCCUGCCGGUGUCCUGCAUACAUUAUGGAAUAGAAUGAAAUCACAUCUCCAUUCAAAAAAAUGUCUUCAGGCAUCUACUGUUUGUAAGGAACUUCUGAUUCCGAUCGCUAUUACUUGAAUAGGAACUGGUUACUCCUUCUGUAUACAAGUUUUGCCACAGAAUGAGAUCUUUAUUCUGGAAUCAAAAAGCAAUAAUUUAAGAUUCACUCUUUGUAAUAUAAAUCAAAAUUAUAUAGGUUUUACCAAGGUGUUACUCUCAUUCUCCCGGCUGAGAAUGGUGUCUGUGGAACCAAAUUAACUUUUGCCUAAAUGGAAGUAUCACCUAUCUGUAUAGACACACAUCCCUUUACGUGUUUAACACACAAAUAUUAGUGUGAAUGUAUCUUUGGAGUUUGCAAUAUCGCAUAAAGGAUGAGUAGAAAUGCAUGUUAAGAUUACCUACCAAAGCAACCAGAUGGGUCUGGAACCCAGUCAAUCAAAGGAGCAAUGGUGCCCACAGGAGGGGGGGAAAUUCCACGUGAAGUCAGGUCUUCAGAUUCAUGAGAAGGCGGAGCCAGCCCUAGCCGGUCUGGCUCAGUGGACAGAAUGUAAGGGUCCCAGGUUUGAUUCUUGUCAAUGGCACUUGCCCGGUUGUGGGCUCAAUGCCCAGUUGGGGGCGUGUAGGAGGCAGCCCAUCAGUGAUUCUCUCUCAUCACUGAUGUUUCUAACUCUCCUCCCUUCCUCUCUGAAAUUAAUUUUUAAAAAAAUUUUUAAAGGCAGCGCCAAACUAACCUAGUGUCACAGAACUAAGCGGGCCGUGGUGGAGGAGGAGCCGCAGCACACAGGAUGCCCAGCCCCACUCAGAGGUCCCCUCCUGUCCAUCCAGCACCGUGCUGCCAUGCAAGAACGCUGGGCCAGGGUUACCAGCUCCUCACAUUUUUAUAAAAGCCAAAUUUCCAUGAGAAACCUCCUCAUUUUCAAAUACCAGAACCCAUUCCAAAACAGUUUAAACACCGCUAGAUAAACACUCCUGCAGCUGGGUUUGGCACACAGCUUCCGAGUUGCAAUCCCUUUGGUUCCAGAAAUUUAAAUUAUUUCCAUCAUGGCAGGUGUGUGAGGAUAAAGGCCUCCAGACUUGCCAACCUGCAGGCUAGUACAGGAAACAGAGCCCAUGGAGCAUUAUGACCCUCUCUCUGUUCCAACAAGACUGCCCACAACCCCGCUCCGACUCCGCGUUCUACACAAAGCGGUUGCCUGACCCUGUGUCCACGGGGAUGGGCGUCACAGGACACGGUGUCCUCAAUACAUUCUCGCCGACCUCUACCCAGCAGCCCCUGACCUGCCGUCCUUUAAGUCUGUAUCCUCUUAACCCAGUGUGUGUUGAUGGGCAGGUGACGGAAAUUAAGUCACCUGGGUGUCUCCACAGCUUAUGGUUUGAUGAAGGCCAAUACUUAACAAUUAAAAACGAUUAAUGCCCCAGCGAGUCUACCAGUGAUGGAGGGAGGAUCUUAACUUUCCAAAGCAAUCGCGCACUGAGCUUUAUUCCCGGCGUAGCCAAGUAGUGGUGUUGAUAAAAUAGCUGAGCUUAUUAAAUUGGGGGACAGUAGUCCCAGAAUGCUAUUCCCUCCUUUGCUUUAAAUGGUAAUCUUAAAGGCUGCAUUGUGCUCUUUCUUUAUUUCCGCAUAGAUAUAUAGAGAGAGAGAUUAUGGGAAAGUUUAUUUCUUAGGAAGUGCACUGACUAAUGUAUUUCUUUUACAGUGUAAUAUGGGGGUGGGGAGAUGAAAAAAGAAAUGUGUAUUUUUGCUAGUCGCCUAUCUUCUGAGAUAAAAAAAGCACAAUACUGCAGUGGAUCCAAUAAUCCAGUUAGGCGUUCUAGAAUAGUAUUUAGGUUUGCUGUAGGUCGUGUGUGCUAAGUAAACGUUCCAUGAUUCACAGUUUUGGAAUUUUAACCCAUGUUGCAAAAAGCUGUGUUACCGGUCAACAGAUUAUAAUGCUGUGCAGCCCAUAGCACAGGCAUUAAUUAACCAGUCACUAACGUUUGUAAAGCAAAUGCAGCGUGCAGGAAUCUCCAUCCAUUUUAUAGCAGACGACAUUAAAACAAGCUAAAUCAUA